AUGGAGAUCACCAGGGCACUGAUCCGAUUUGCUUUCUGGGGUGGGAUAGUGACUAAGGGCACCUCCCGACCCUCUCGCUCCCCUGCAGGGCUGGAGUACAGCGACGUGCUGCCCGACUCCUUCCCCUCGGCCCCGGCGGAGACCCUCCCUCACUUUCUGCUGGAGCCGCAGGACGCCUACAUCGUGAAGAACAAGCCGGUGGAACUCGUGUGCCGUGCCAACCCUGCCACCCAGAUCUACUUCAAGUGCAACGGGGAGUGGGUCAACCAGAACGACCAUGUCACCAAGGAGAGCUUGGAUGAGGUCACCGGGAUGCUGGUGCGGGAGGUGCAGAUCGAGGUCUCCCGGCAGCAGGUGGAGGAGCUCUUCGGUUUAGAAGAUUACUGGUGCCAGUGUGUGGCCUGGAGCUCCGCGGGCACCACGAAGAGCCGCCGGGCGUACGUCCGCAUAGCGUACCUACGGAAGAACUUUGACCAGGAGCCGCUGGGUAAGGAGGUCCCGCUGGAGCACGAGGUCCUGCUGCAGUGCCGCCCGCCCGAGGGGGUGCCGCAGGCUGAGGUGGAGUGGCUGAGGAACGAGGAUGUCAUCGAUCCCACCCAGGACACCAACUUCCUCAUCACCAUCGAUCACAACCUCAUCAUCAAGCAGGCCCGGCUCUUGGACACUGCUAAUUACACCUGCAUGGCCAAGAACAUCGUGGCCAAGCGCCGGAGCACCACAGCUGCCGUCAUCGUCUACGUGAACGGUGGCUGGUCCACCUGGUCCGAGUGGUCUCCUUGCAACAACCGCUGCGGCCGGGGCUGGCAGAAGCGCACCCGGACGUGCACCAACCCCGCACCGCUGAACGGCGGCUCCUUCUGUGAUGGGCAGCCUUUCCAGAAAAUCACCUGCACCACCCUCUGCCCAGUGGACGGCGCGUGGACGGAGUGGAGCAAGUGGUCGGCGUGCAGCACCGAGUGCACCCACUGGCGCAGCCGCGAGUGCGCCGCCCCGGCCCCCCGCAACGGCGGCAAGGACUGCAGCGGAGUGCUGCUCGACUCCAAAAACUGCACCGACGGGCUCUGCCUGCAGAAUAAAAGAGUUCUAAGCGAACCCAAAAGCCACCUGCUGGAGGCCACAGGUGAUGUGGCCCUGUAUGCUGGGCUGGUGGUGGCCGUUUUCGUCUUCAUUGUCAUCCUCAUGGCUGUGGGGGUGGUGGUAUACCGGAGGAGGUGCCGGGAUUUCGACACAGACAUCACAGAUUCAUCAGCUGCUCUGACCGGAGGCUUCCACCCUGUCAACUUCAAGACCUCCCGGCAUGACAACCCUCAGCUGCUGCACCCCUCGAUGCAGCCGGACCUGACAGCCAGCGCGGGGGUGUACCGUGGCCCCAUGUACGCCCUGCAGGACUCCUCCGACAAGAUCCCCAUGACCAACUCCCCACUGCUCGACCCCCUCCCCAACCUCAAGAUCAAGGUGUACAACUCCUCCACCGCCUCCUCCUCGUCGGGGCUCCAUGACGGGACAGACCUGCUCGGAGGGGUCCCCGCCACCGGCACCUACCCGGGGGACAGCACCAGGGACAGCCCCUUUGCAAACAUGCGGAGCAAAGCCCUGGGCUCACAGCAUCUCCUCAGCUUGCCACGGGAGCAUGGCAACAGCGCCAGUGGCACGUUUGGCUACCUGGGGGGAAGGCUCACCAUCCCAGGCACCGGAGUGAGCCUGCUGGUGCCCCACGGGGCCAUCCCCCAGGGGAAGUUCUACGAGAUGUACCUGGUCCUCAACAAGGCUGAGAGCGUCCUCCUGCCCUCCGAAGGCACGCAGACGGUGCUGAGCCCAGCGGUGACCUGCGGACCCACCGGCUUGCUCCUGUGCCGCCCCGUCGUCCUGACCAUUCCCCACUGUGCCGAUGUCGGCUCCUCAGAUUGGAUUUACCAGCUGAAAACACAGUCCCACCAGGGAAACUGGGAGGAAGUUGUGACCCUGGAUGAGGAGACCCUCAACACUCCCUGCUACUGCCAGCUGGAAGCCAAGUCCUGCCACAUUUUGCUAGACCAGCUUGGCACCUACGUCUUUGUGGGAGAGUCCUACUCCAGGUCAGCCAUCAAGAGGCUCCAGCUGGCGAUCUUUGCCCCCACCGUUUGCACCUCCCUGGAGUACAGCCUCAAGGUCUACUGCUUGGAGGACACACCAGAUGCUCUGAAGGAGGUGCUGGAGCUGGAGCGGACGCUGGGUGGAUACCUGCUGGAGGAGCCCAAGCCCCUGCCCUUCAAGGACAGCUACCACAACCUUCGUCUUUCUAUCCAUGACAUCCCCCAUGCACUCUGGAGGAGCAAGCUGCUGGCCAAGUACCAGGAAAUCCCCUUCUAUCACAUCUGGAGUGGCAGCCAGCGAGCCCUGCACUGCACCUUCACACUGGAGAGGUACAGCCAGGCCUCCACCGAGCUCACCUGCAAGAUCUGCGUCCGGCAGGUAGAAGGGGAAGGGCAGAUCUUCCAGCUCCACAUCACGCUGGGAGAGCACGCCAGCUCCUUCGACACCCUCCGCUCCCACCACAGCGGUGCCACCACCACCCAGCUGGGACCCUACGCCUUCAAAAUCCCCCUCUCCAUCCGGCAGAAGAUCUGCAACAGCCUGGAUGCUCCCAACUCCAGGGGAAAUGACUGGAGACUUCUCGCCCAGAAGCUUUCCAUGGACCGGUAUCUGAACUACUUUGCCACCAAAGCCAGCCCCACUGGGGUGCUCCUGGACUUAUGGGAAGCCGAGCACCAAGACGACGGCGAUCUCAACACCCUGGCCAGUGCCUUAGAAGAGAUGGGCAAGAGUGAGAUGCUGGUGGUCAUGGCCACGGAGGGGGACUGCUGAUGAUGCUUCCCAUGGCUGGUGGGCCAGGAGGAUGAAAUGGGAGGCGAGGGGGUUGACCCUUCCCUGGCAGUGGGAGGAGGUAUAUCCAUCCCCGGGCAGCAGCUGGGUGAGGAAGGGCCAAGGCCGUUGCUUCUCCCUCCCUCCCCACAUCACUGUCAGCCUUAGAGACCCAUCCUCAGAGUUUACAAGCAAUUCAAGUGUUACACAGCAUUCCUCUUCCUCCUUCCCCUCCUCCUCCUCCUCCCCCAGCUGUCCCCAGGGUGGCAGUUGCAGUGUGGGGAGGAAUUAGGGCUUCUCCACUCAGGAUGGGGGCUUUCCUUCUCCUUUGUUUGGGUUCCACUCCGGUUCUCCUCCUCCUUUAAUAGCAUUUCUGCGUUGAAGAGACAAGUACAAUCUAGACGAAUGGCUUCUGUCAAAAGCUUCAGACAGCUUAACAAGGCAAAUAAGAAAGAAAAAAGGAAAAAAAAAAGUUUCUUAGGAAACGCAAAUAAUUUAUUAUCCAGAUCUUUGGAUGAAUCCUUUUUAAAAAAGAAAAAAAAAGAAAAAAAAAAAAAGAUUUAUUAUUUCUUCUUGUGCGUGAGAGCAAGAGCGUUGCUUUGGUCAGGGUGGCAGAGAGAGAGAGAUUUAAAUGAACACACUUUUGUAGGGAAAAGCGUGCGGUCCAUGUGUUUACAUGUCCUGGGACCCCCGGGGAGUCCGUAGGGUGAAGUGCCUCUACGCCCCUCUGCUUCAGGGCCAGCUGAGGCCCUCUCCAAGAUUUUUUCCUUGCGAACUCCCCUUUCCCUGGCAGCAGUGCCCGGUGGAGUGAGGGCUCCCUCUCCACCUGCAGGGUGCUGCCCUGCAUUUAGGGUUCAGGGGGGGAAAUGCAUCCAGAUAUGGGUAUUUUUAAUGAAUUCUUCCCCGGCAUCAUUUGGGGGAGCUUUUUAGGAUGACUACGCCUUCAUUUACAUAACUUCAGUACAAACCAAAGAUUUCAGUCCUGCACCAACCUACUGAUCCACAGGCCAAAGGGGGGAUGUUUUAAACCCACCAGGAUUUUGCAGUGAGCACCCCAAACCUGGGCUCGGGGUUCAGAGGGAGGUGAUGAGCAGCUUGUGGAGGGGUCCGGGGAGAGCAGAGCACUGGCGGGCCAGGAUGCGGCCCCUCACAGAUCACGUCGGUCUCGGGUCCAUGUGCUCACAGACAGUUUUUGAUCCAGUAUUUCAGUGAGGGUGUGGGGAGGGAGACCUCAGUAUCUCCAAGUUGCAAGCCAGGCUGAGCAUUUUCACACAAGAGACGGCAUCGUAAGCAGUGAUUGGGUUUCUGUCCUCUCAUUGCAGCGCCUUUUUUUCCCUGUAAUAGACUUUUUAUAAUGAUGGAGAAGUUGUGGGAUGAAUGGAAAGUAAUCAUGAGGUAGGCAGGAACGAGGUUCCUCACAAAAGAUACGGUGUCUCAAUGAAGGUAAAAAUUUAGAUUGCCUGCAGGUAGAAAUAGUUACUCAGAGUGCUGUAUCUUAGAAAUUUGGUUUUUAAAAAAAUAAAUAGGAAGGGGAUGGUAAGCUCAGGAUUAGAGUAGAUCACAUGGCAAGGCUGUGGAUCCUCCAUCAGUAGAAGUAUUAAGAGCAGGGUCUGAGAGCAGGUCCUGCUUCGGGCUGCGAUGCGGUGUCCUGACUGCAGAGCCCUGGCCCGGUGUCACGGGGUGCCUGCAGCAUCCUGCAGCCUGCUGGGGACCGGAGCAAACUCAGGGAGCCCUGCCGCGAGCGAGAGCGUCGCCUUCACAGGGCGGCUCCGUGGGAGUUUUCAGUAUUGCUCAGGCAUGGGUAUGAUUCCUCUCGCAGCUCUUGAAGCAGUGAUUGAAUGCAUAGAGCCACUCCCUGUUGUGUUUCGGGGUCAUUUCUUGCUGGGGUUUCAAGGCUAUGGGAGAGACGGGAUCUUUUUCUUUUGUGCCGGAUGUGAAGACUUCUGCUGGGUGAGCUCCUGUGUCACGUAGGAAGAGAUUUAAUCCAUCCUUUAGGUUGCAUUCGAGCAUCUGAUUUCUCAUCUGACCUGUCUGAGCUGAGGAAGAGUAAGCAAAUUAGGAAAGAAAUGAAUUGAUGGAUCAAACCGGCUGCUGGCAUUUUAUAGGGCUCCUUUCUCAGUGCCGCGGUGCUCUCUGUGAGGUGAGAUGAGAUGCUAUUCUUUCGGGUCGCGUCUGAAUCUCUCGCUUUUAUUCUUGCCGUCUCUGGUUCAUGGAUCGCUGCGCCGGCAUGCGCGCUUGUCCAUCCGUCCAUCCAUCUGUCCCGCCCGCGGGUCCCUCUGCCCCCAUCCCCAGCUGUCCGCCUCCAUCUUCACCUUCCUUUUGGCGUGCAGCAGCCACCUGGAUCCGCUGAGGUGCGUGUUUGGGGAAGUUCUCCCCGUUUUUCAGACCAGGGAACCUGUGUUGGGAGCAGGACAGCGGGGAGGGCACAGUUUGCCCCCAACGCCAGUCCUCUGAGCAGCUGCGCCCAUCUCCCAUGGGUGCCAGCUCCCAGGAGCCCCCCUCUGGGGAUUCCUCCGGCCAGGCAUUUUGUCAAAGGCAAACCUGCGAUCUGUGUCGUGCUGGCAGUGUCCGUCUCUUGCUCCACAAUCUGUUUCCAUAUUUAUAUGUCCAGGGGAUGGGCCUGGUGGCAUCCUCUAAAACCGCAUCUGUUUAUUCUGUAAACUAAAGAACUGUAAAUAAAGUUUAGCAUUCCUAUUGUAA